UUCUUCGAGCCCUUCAGCAGCGACUGGGAGUCGCGGUGGCUCGUCUCCAAGGACGCCGACUUCCAGGGCACGUGGAUCCACGAGGCGUACACGGAGCCCGAGGGCACGCCCGGAGACAAGGGCCUGAUGGUGGGCAACGAGGCGAAGAAGCACGCGGUGUCGCACCUGUUCAAGGAGCCGAUCGACCCCAAGGGCACGGGCCUGGUCGUGCAGUACGAGCUGCACAUGAAGAAGGACCUCAAGUGCGGCGGCGCGUACCUCAAGCUGCUCACCGCGUCCGAGGAGCUCGACCACGACGGCUUCAAGGCGGAGACGCCGUACACGAUCAUGUUCGGGCCGGACAAGUGCGGCGGCACCAACAAGGUGCACUUCAUCCUCCGCCACAAGAGCCCGGCGACCGGCGAGUGGGAGGAGAAGCACCUCAAGAAGGCGCCCACGCCGCUGCUCGCCGUCGGGGAGACGCACCUGUACACGGCGAUCGUGGGCGCCGACAACACGGUGACGCUGCUGAUCGACAACGAGGAGAAGGUCAAGGCCUCGCUCCUCGAGUCGGACGACUUCACGCCGCCCGUCAACCCGCCCAAGGAGAUUGACGACCCCGACGACAAGAAGCCCGACGACUGGGCGAGAGAGAGCAGCCGCCCGCCGCCC